ACUCCCCCUAACGGGCGCGCUCCACAGCAAAUCGUGUGUCUUCCGCCAUGCGGUCCGACGAACGCCGUUGGCUUGACGCCCCGCACGUGGCGCUCCUCGCCUUCCCCUUUGGCACCCACGCUGCCCCGCUCUUCUCCCUCGCCCGCGCCCUCGCCGCCGCCGCCCCCGGCGCCGCCUUCUCCUUCUUCAACUCUGCCCGGUCCAACGCCUCCAUCGCUCGCUCCACUGCGGCCGCCGGCCCGGCCCCGGAGAACCUCCGGGUCUACGAUGUCGCCGAUGGGUGCCCGACGGGCUACGAGAUCCCCGCCGACGACCCGGAAGAGGAGGUGCGGGUGUUCCUGGGGUUGACGCCGGCGAACUUUCGGGAGAAGAUGGCGGCGGCGGACGGCGGACGGAAGGUCAGCUGCUUGAUGAGCGACGCGUUCCUUUGGUUCGCGGAGGAGAUGGCGGAGGAGAUGGGGGUGCCGUGGGUCCCGCUCUGGACUGGAGGACCCGCAAGCCUCGCGGCCCACCUCCACACCGAUCUCCUCCGCCUGACGAUCGGAGCAGGGAAGCAAGAUGUACCCGCCCGGGCGGACGAACACCUAAACUUCGUCCCAGGCCUCUCCUCCCUGCGGGUCCGAGACCUCCCGGAAGGCGUCGUCUUCGGCAACCUCAACUCUGAAUUCUCACGCCUCCUCCAUAGGAUGGCCGACAAGCUUCCCCGCGCUGCUGCCGUCGCCCUAAACACCUUCGCCGGCCUCGACCCCGCCCUCGACGUCGAGUUCGCGGCCCGGUUCAACACCUCCCUUCCGAUCGGCCCCCUCAACCUCCUCGCCCCCAGCCCGCCCGAACCGGACCGCCACGCCUGCCUCCCCUGGCUCGACCGCCAAGCCCCCUCCUCCGUGGCCUACGUCAGCUUUGGCACUGUCAUAUCUUUGCCGACGGCGGAGCUGGCGGAGCUGGCGGCGGGCCUCGAGGCCAGCGGCGCGCCCUUCCUCUGGUCCUUGAAGGACGAGUGCAAGGAGCGGCUCCCGGUCGGGUUCCUAGACCGGACCGGCUCUCGGGGGCUCCUGGUGCCGUGGGCCCCGCAGGUGGAGGUGUUGGGACACGUGGCUGUCGGGGCGUUUGUGACGCACUGCGGGUGGAACUCCGUGGUGGAGAGCCUCGAGGGCGGGGUGCCCAUGCUGUGCCGGCCUUUCCUCGGGGAUCAGCGGAUCAACGCACGUGUGGUGUCGCACGUGUGGAAGAUCGGGAUCGGCUUCGAGGGCGGCACUCUCACGUGCAGUGGGGUGGAGGAGGCUCUUGACGUGAUUCUGAAGACGGAGGAAGGAAAGAGAAUGAGGGAGCGAGCGGGCAAGCUAAGAAACAAAGCAGUUCGGGCGAUCGAUCAGGAUGGAAGCUCGGUCCAGAAUUUCAAGGCUCUUGUAAGGAUUGCCACAGGCAAUUAGGGGAGUUUGUUUUGGGACCCAUUUGGCAGGAAUUUUGACAGUAGAAUUUUCAGAAGUAAAAUUUUUAUAUGAAGCUAUUUGUUGUUUGAUAACUA